AUGCUUUCCGGCCCGUCCUCUAACGUCCUCUCUCCCGCCCAGACACUCGUCGACGGAAGGGUUCCCCCAAAAUACUCGACGUUCCGUCGGUACUUUCUCCUGCUUAUAUAUUGCUGUGCGCAGUUCUUAGACGCGGUCAACAACUGUGCCUUGUAUUCGGCCAUCCCAUCGCUCGUCAUCUCCCUCAACAUUUCGGAGAGCCAGUCAACAUGGAUCAUCAGCGCAUUCCAGUUGACGUUCGCUUCGUUCCUGCUCAUUAGCGGGCGCGUCAGCGACGUCUACAGUCCUAAGCUUGUCUUCACUGCUGGUAUAGCCGCUUUGGGGGCAAUCUCCAUCGGUGCCGGAUUUGUCCACGACAAGAUCACGCUCAUUAUCCUCCGGGCGCUGCCCACGGAACAAGCUCGCGCUAUUGGUAUCUUCGGCGGAUGUGGCGCCGUUGGAAACGUGCUGGGGCUGAUCAUUGGUGCAAUUUUUGUGGAAUUUGCAUCGUGGCACUGGGUGUUCUGGUUCGUCGCCCUCGUCGCGUUCCCUAUCGCGGGCAUAAGCCUGCUUCUCGUGCCCUCGCCGGAGAGGCGCCUGAACGUCGAACCGAAGGCAGCAAAAUGGAAGAGCUUGGACAUCGGUGGUGUCAGCAUCCUGACAGUUGCCCUCAUCCUUUUCAUCUUCUCUAUUACUUCAGGCUCCACCGACGGGUGGGCUUCCGCCGCAGUGCUCUCACCGCUGAUAAUCUCCGUCGUGAUGAUCGUCACCUUCUUCUAUUACGAGACACGAAUACCGUUUUCACGCGCUGCAGUGCCACCACGCACAUGGUUCCUGCCCAACUUCUCGGUCCUCUUCGUAACCGCGCUUCUGCCCUACUUUUGGUGGACGACCAUCUUCAUGACAUACACCACGCUCUGGCAGGAUGUUUACCACUGGUCGGUCAUCUCGACGGCCAUUCACAUGAUCCCAAUCGGCGUGCUCUCGUUUGUGAUGAGCUUCUCGGGCCCACUUUCAAGCGUGAUUAACUCUAAGUGGAUAAUCGCGUGCGGAGAGUUCUUGCUCGUGGUUGCCACCAUCCUCCUAGCCUUCGCGGAUGGUCCGGACAAGUACUGGCGGUUUGUGUUCCCAGGCUUCGUACUGGGGAGCGGUGGCGCGAUGUUGACAUUCACGCACACCAACAUCGCUAUUUUUCAGACUUGCCCCCCCAGCUUCUCCGGUACUGUCGGUGCCAUCUUCAACGCGGCACUGCAGCUCGGGUCUGCCAUCGGCAUCGCCGCUGUGGGCUCCAUCCAGACGAGCGUGCAGGCGAAGCAUGGUGGGCCAGACAGCUACUCCGGUGCGCAGGCGGCGUUUUGGUUCCUCCUGGGGAUCGUGUGCGUCGAGCUCGUGUCGAUGCUCAUUUUCUACCAUACCAAGACCAGGCGUGUCGACGUCUUACCGGAGAAGAUCCAGGAGGAUACCAAGGGCGAGCUUGAUUUCCACGACAAAGCCGUCGACAACAAGCUGGCCGUCGCUGACACGGAGGAGCCUGCAAACGAGGUGGAGGUGCUCAACGUAGACGAGCUCGCGAUUUCACCGGUUUAA